AUGAGGAAUGACACCUACAAUGUUUGGAUCUUUGACUUAGACGAGACCCUCCUCUCUAAUGUUCCCUUUUACGCCAAACAUGGAUACGGAACAGAGAAGCAUGAACCGGAGACGUUCAGGAAGUGGUUGGAGGCCGGAGAAGCUCCCGUCCUCCCAGAGACCUUGCAUCUUUACCAAAACAUCCUUGAACUAGGGAUUAGCCCCGUCUUACUCACUGAACGAUUCCAAGAUUUGGAGGAAGUCACUCUAAAGAAUCUCAAAGCUGCUGGCUUCCCCUACUGGAGGCAUGUCGUUUUCAAGCCAACAGGCUCGAGCAAGAAGAUAGCGAACUUCAAGUCAAAGGAGAGGAAGAACUUGGAAAGGAAUGGCCACACUAUCAUUGGAAAUAUUGGAGACCAAUGGGCUGAUUUGGCUAAGGACAGCCCUGGGAGAAGGACUUUUAAGCUCCCUAAUCCACUCUACUACAAGAUCUAAUAAAGAUCAUGCA